UGGAGGUGGAGGCUGCAGUCCCACCUGGGUGACAAAGCUAGACUGUCUCAAAUAAAAAACAAAACAAAACAACAACAACAACAAAAACCGUGUGUGAUUCCUUCAGGCAUCAAGUCUGAGUCGCUAAGAAACAGAGUUGUCACUGGGCCUUGCUCUGCCAGGAGCUGCAGAGCUGGGGUCCUCUCUGUGGCGAGCACAGCAGGAUGACUACUCUGUGGCACCCUGGGGUGAGGGAGGAACCGUGACACCAGCCCCUAGGAAACGGAAGCAGAAAAAGGAGAAACAGCAACGGCUGCUCUGCUUCCGUCCCAUCUCGCUCUUGGGACAUUCCAGCCAGCAGAAAGCAGCUCCAUGAGAGCCACGGAGGAUCUCACAGCCGCAGUCUAAUAGUAACGCAGAGAAUUCAGCAGUGGCCACCAUGGGUUCUGUGAAUUCCAGAGAUCACAAGGCGGAAGCCCAGGUGGUGAUGAUGGGCCUGGACUUGGCGGGCAAGACCACGCUCCUUUACAGGCUGAAGGGCCACCAGCUAGUGGAGACCCUGCCCACUGUUGGAUUCAACGUGGAGCCUCUGGAAGCUCCUGGGCACGUGUCACUGACUCUCUGGGACGUCGGAGGGCAGGCCCCACUCAGGACCAGCUGGAAGGACUAUCUGGAAGGUGUAGAUAUCCUCGUGUAUGUGCUGGACAGCACAGAUGAAGCCCGCUUACCUGAGUCAGCUGCUGAGCUCGCGGAAGUUGUGAAUGACCCCAACAUGGCUGGUGUUCCCUUCUUGGUGCUGGCCAACAAGCAGGAGGCACGUGAUGCACUUCCGUUGCUUGAGAUCAGAAACAGGCUGAGUCUAGAGAGAUUCCAGGACCACUGCUGGGAGCUACGGGGCUGCAGUGCCCUCACUGGGGUGGGGCUGCCCGAGGCCCUGCAGAGUCUGCACAGCCUCCUGAAAUCUCGCAGCUGCCUGUGUCUCCAAGGAAGAGCCGGUGGGGUCCAGUGCCGACACAGCAAGAGAUCUUGACCCGGACAGAGCUGCAUAUCUUUGCUCAUACAAACUGGAAGCACCAGCUGAUCCCUUGAGAAACUUAUGCUCAGUCUAUCAAACAAGAAAUGCUGGCUUCGCCUGUAAUCCCAGCACUUUGGGAGGCCACGGUGGGAGAAUCCCUUGAGCAUAGAACUUGGAGAGCAACAUCACGAGACCCCAUUUCUACUAAUAAUUAAAACAUUGGCCGGGCAUGGUGGCGUGUGCCACUAGUCCCAGGUACUUGGGAGGCUGAGGGAGGACAAUCGCUUGAGCCUGGGAGGUGGAGGUUCUGGUGACCCGGAUUGCACCACUACACUCCAGUCUGGGCGACAGAGUGAGACCCUGUCUCAAUAAUAAUAAUAAUAAUAAUAUUCUAAGAAAAAAAUCUCAACACACUUCAUUUAAUAGCUCAUUACCAAGUGUGAAUGAAGCAACAUGUCAUAAUAGAAUGGCCACUGGUUGCAUAACAAUAGAGACCUAAAUUCACAAAUAGGGAAAGAGGUUUUAAAAUCAAAUUUGGGGUCAGAUGCGGUGACUCUUGCCUGUAAUCCCAGCACUUUGGGAGGCCAAGGCAGGCAGAUCGCUUGAGGCCUGGAGUUUGAGACCAGCCUGGCCAACAUGGUGAAACCCCAUCUCUACUGAAAAUGCAAAAAUUAGACAGGUGGUGGUACAGGCCUGCAGUCCCAGCUACUCAGGAGGCUGAGGCAGGAGAAUUGUUGAACCCAGGAAGUGGAGGUUGUAGUGAGCUGAGAUCACGCCACUGCACUCCAGCCUGGUGACAGCGUGAGACUCUGUCUCAAAAAAGAAAAGAAAAGAAAAAGUCAAAUUCAAAUAUCAUCUGGACAUGUCACGGUGGAUCAUGGAUCCUUAUGAGUGAUUUUCCCCAGAAGCCCCUGGGGAUGUGCCAUUGUAACUCUGAAGGCAAACUCGUCACGGCCCACACAACAGCAGAGGUCUGCAGGUUAGACAUUCCCUGGGAUGCUCAGUCCUGGGCAAGAGGCUGAACGUUCAUGCCAUCUAAAAUCUAUCUCUUUUUUUUCUGAUGCUGAUUAGCCUCUCCUCAUUUUAUGGCAUUGUGUUGAUCCUUUUCAUAAACUUAUUUUCUUAUUUUUUCCUUCUCUUUUCUCCUUCUUGUAGCAUAUGUUUUCUUAAAGAUCAGAUCAAUCAUAUAUUUUAUUUAUUCAUUCAUUUGACCGAAAAAUACACAGAGUAUUUAGUUUGCGGCAAAAGCACUGAGCUUUCGAAUAUGAAUCGUGUUUUAGAUGGGAGUUGUGAAUUCUGAAGAUACACAUGACAGCAAUUGACGCCUUCUGUCUCAUGAUUGAGAGGGAAAUGGGAAGUUGACCAUAGCAUCCUAGAAGGGCCAUCAGGUGAUCGUUACCUAGCAUUCAAAAUUAUUUGCAAAAUGUUAUGCUUUGGGUCAUUUUUCCAGGGAAGAAGAUUCAGAACUUUUUACCAGAUUUUCAAAGACAUCUGUGACUCCUAAAAGUUAAGAAUCACUGAUGUGAUUGUUGUAUCCCUCAUCCAACCCCAGAUUACUUUCUGUAAUUGGAGUUUUUUAAUGGCAAGCAGCUUAUAUUUAGCACCUGUUCUCAUGUUAAAGAGCUGUAAAUGUUAGAUAUCCCUUCUUAUCCUGGAUUGGCUCUCUCUCUGGAGUACUGCAGUGUAAAUUGGCCAUUACUACCCUUCUAAAAUCUGCGAUCUGCCAGGCCCCUCUUCUAACACCAGGUUAAGCAUGCCGGGCUAUUUCCAGUACUUGUCAAUCGACAUAUUCCAAGAUUCUGUGUGAGACACUAGGAAUGCAAAGUUGAAUGAGAUAAGGCCUCAGGCCCCAUGGAAGGUAAGACAGUAAAGACAUAACUCCCAUAAAAAUGUGAGGAGAGAGACUCAGUUCAGCAACUGUUAACUGAGCACUUACUUGGACCAAGCUCUGUGGUCUUGGUAUUUCACAUAGACUAACUCUCACAACUCUAAAAAAUACAUAUAUUCCCAUUUUACAACAUUACAAACUGAGGCUCAGAGAGGUUGUGACCUCUUGUCACUUGAGGCAGAGAGUUAUAAAGUAACACAUCUGGAAUUUGAAAUCAGAUCUGUUUAGCACUAAUGCUGCAUUUUUCUACAACAUCACGCUUUUAGAAGGUUUAAGCUAGGUAGGUAGGCUUUCAGUCAGCAGACAUGAUGGGGACAGCCUUCUAACAUGAGGGAAGAGGCUGUCUGGAAGCAUGGGUCGGGGGGUAUAAGAAGGAUAAGUAAGUGGGUAUACCUCCAGUAGGGUCUUGGGAUGAGGGUUGGGUGAGGCUGACAU